UCGACGAUUCCUUCCGGUUCUUAAGGAAAUUGUGUUUUUGAAACCUUUCCGCGUUGUAAACUUGACUUUUUUUGAGGAUCUGGAAUACUGAUUUAUUGGAGUAGUGGACAGCUGAGCAUUAGCAAAAUAUCUUGGUGUCCAAUUGAAAGAAAUAGUUACCAUGAACCCACCGGACCAGAAUGGAGGUCAUGUUAAUAAUCUUGACGGCGAUAAAAAAGAGAAAAGGGUGUACAAAGUUGUUUUGACUGGAGGUCCUUGUGCAGGGAAAACAACUGUUCAAGCAAUGAUGUCAACUUUCUUUGAAAAUCUUGGAUGGAAGGUUUACAGAGUUCCAGAAGCAGCCACUGUAUUGCUGGGUGGCGGCGUGAAGUUUCCAGAUCUCAGUGAGCAAGAAGUGUAUAACUUUCAGGAAAAUUUAAUACGGACAAUGCUGCAGUUGGAGCAGACAUUCUUUGACCUCGCUUCCACAAGCAAGACAGACACAAUAGUGAUUUGUGACCGAGGGGCUAUGGAUCCUUCAUCAUAUAUGAGUUCAGAACAGUGGGAUAAACUUCUUGAAAAUAAUGGUUGGAACAAUGUGUCAUUACGAGAUGCACGCUAUGAUCAAGUGAUUCAUUUGGUAUCAGCUGCCCAAGGAGCAGUAGAAUUUUACACAUUAGCAAACAACAACACACGAAAGGAACCUAUAGAACAAGCCAGGAAAUUGGACAGACUAACACAACAGGCCUGGGUUGGUCACCCAUACGUUGAUGUGAUUGAAAACAAUAUGGACUUUAGUAAAAAAGUGCGGCGGGCCAUUGAUGCUGUAUGUUUCAGAAUGCGUAUUGAUACUGGAGAUCGUCUGUCCCCAGAGAGUGUAAAACGCAAAUUCCUUGUUACAUCUCUGCCAGAUGUCAAGGCUUUUCCUGUGUUUCAAGACUUUGAUGUGGUCCAUGACUACCUUUCAACCUCAAAUCCAGAAAAACAAGCACGUCUGAGAAGAAGAGGACAGAAUGCAGGGGACCCAAGUUACUCCAUGUUCCAUCUAUCUUUAAAAGAAUAGUCAUUGUUAGACUGCAUGCAAGUACACACAAGUUACAACUAUAUUUUUCCUUGUAGUGGUCAGACAAAUAACAUACAAUGCAGCUACUGUUAACAGGAUCAUUUGAAAGAAAUUAGCCCAUUACUUCACUUGACCCUUAAAACCCUAACAUCAGUAUGCACACUCUCCAUAGCAUUUUCCAUAAAUUUCCUAAGAUGCUUCUAAGGAGAAUUUGUUCAACAAUCAAGAGCUUUUUUAGUUGGAGAUCAUUUCCUCUAUCGUUGUGGCCUUUAAAUGUGUGAUUCAAGAGUGAUAUUGUCAGAAGAAAUUACUAGAUGCUAGUCACUUAAAUGAGUCAAAUGGUUAAAGGAAACAAAUUGUGAUUCCAAAUAAAGUUGUUGGUGCCAAUCAGAUUUUAGAACCAAAGCAAGGAAAAAUAAGAGAAUUUAGAUGAGAUUCAUAGAUUGUUUCCUUUAAUUGGAUUGUGUGUGACAUGGUAACAGUAGUUGCAGUAUUUGAUCAAGGGGUUUUUAAGGCAAGUACUUGGCAUUGAAUGCAGAGCAUAAUGGUGGUGGUGGUGCGUGUGUGUGUGAGUGCGUGCCAAAAUUUGUGUUUAAAAGAAUAACUCAUUGUAACUGAAGACCUUCAAAUUGUAAUGAGAAUUUUAAAGAAGUCUCAUUACUUUGGUUGAUCAAAGUUAUAAUUAUUAUUUCAAGAAGGGGGCAAGUUAGGAUUUAAAUCAGACUUUCCAAGCUUUGAUUUUGGAGUUUUAAAUCCUUUUCAUUGGCACCUACAAUUAAUGUCUUGACUCAUUUUUACGUGACACUGGAUAGGUAUUACUCUGACCAGAGUUGGGAGAGAGUAGAUUUUUUUUUAAUUAUCAGGCAACUAUAGAAGAACAAAUAUAUGAUUUUAAUAUAUCUUGAUGUAUUUAAUUUUUUUAGCAUAGUUUAACCUCCUUGGUGUGAGUUCAAUUUAAUGCAGAUAACCUCUACAAUGGUAAAACAAUUUAUCAGUAAUCGUCAAUUGUGCAGCACCAUUUUGUUGUCAGGGUGUGAAAAUUUAUGGAGGCAGUCUCUGUCAGUAUUUUCUUUGAAUGUAAAAAAUUUUGAAUAAUUUAAUAUGGAAACCCUUCCUGAGCCUGAAGAGGGCACUUAAUUUAUAGGUAGACAUAUUCUUUUAUAGCCACUUAUUACACACUGAAGUAGUUUAACUCAAGGUAACUUCAACUACUAUUUAUCAAUUCCAUUUCAGUGUGAAGAGUAACUACUUGGUAUAACUAUAAAAUAGUUUGCUUCAAUUACACUCCAAGACCCUUUUUUAUCAGAGCAUUCAGUCUGAGACAAACCAAUUUUGAGAACAUGUUAAGAAUGUUUUCAGGCUCAAAUUGCAAAAAAAUAAAUAAAGUAAUACUUUAAUAGAAAGAAUAUUCAGCAUCAGCCCCAAAACUAGACCUCCUUUUCAAAAAAUGUGUCAAAGGUAUAAAUUGCAGUGAACUUAAACCAAAAACCAGCUUGAGCGGCGAGAGCUUAGCACCUGAAAAUGCUUCCCCUAACCCCAACCCACUCCCUUUCUGCUUUUGGAACUUUCAAAUGUUUUUGCCAAUAUCAAUUAGUGUUAGCAGUAAAUAUCAGUAAUUAAAAACUUUGUGUAGGUAGUAAAAAUACUGAGAAUGAUCUCAACAUAAUUGUGUCUUACAGGUGUAUGUUAAUUAUUAAUCUGAACUUAGAGUGGAAAUUGAUGUCAAAUUACUUUUGUUUUUUGUGUAGUAAGAAUUUUUUUGAUUCUUGAA